GGAACGAGAAGCGCCAUGGCAUCUUUGGGGCUGCAGAUUUUAGGAGUUGCCCUGUCCUCUGUUGGGUUGCUUGGGUCUAUCAUGACCUGCAUCCUUCCAAUGUGGAGGGUUACAGCUUUCAUCGGCAACAACAUCGUGACGGCGCAGGUCGUUUGGGAGGGACUGUGGAUGUCCUGUGUGGUUCAGACCACGGGGCACAUGCAGUGCAAAGUGUACGAUUCAUUGCUCGCCCUGUCCCCGGACCUGCAAGCCGCGCGCGCUUCGCUCGUCCUCUCCAUCGUGCUCUCUGUCUUCGCCAUUCUCCUGGCGGUCGGAGGAGGCAAAUGCACCACCUGCAUCGAGAACAAAACCGUCAAGGCAAGAGUUGUUAUAUCUGCAGGGGUGUUUUUCAUCAUCAGUGGACUGCUGUGUCUCACACCCGUCUGCUGGUCAGCGCACAUCAUCAUCCGGGACUUCUACAACCCGCUCUUGAUGGACGCGCAGAGACGGGAGCUCGGGGCGUCGCUCUACACGGGCUGGGGCUCCGCGGGGCUGCUGCUCACCGGGGGAGCGAUACUGUGCUGCCAGUGCCCUCAGAAAGAACCACGAGCAUUCGCCCCCAAAUACCCAGCACCGAGGUCUAACGCCUCGGAAAAAGAAUAUGUAUGAAGAACAUUUAAAAAUGUUGUCUAAGUUUGAUUUUAUUUUUGUAUUAUAGACUAUUAAGUUCUAAGUAAUGAUAAAAAAAGUUAGGCUACAUUUUUGACAGUAUGGACUAUUAAUCCAGUUGUUUAAAUAUAACCUAUAUGUGAAUGUAGCCUACAUGAUUAGAUAGUUUUAAUAUUAAACAAUUCUGUUGUUGUAAAAAUAGGCCUAAUUAAUAAAAGUAAAACUAAUGAAUUAA